AUGGACCAAUCGAUAUUUUCGCUGUUUACCACGAAGGACUGGCCGUUUCAAUCGGCAACAAGAACUUCUGGUACCAAUGAAACAGACAAAAAUGCCCCCAAAUAUAAAUCGAAGGACAGGCGCGAAAAUUUACUGGAGCCCAAGACGCUCCGAUCACGCGAAGAAACAAUCGAUGGGAUGUUAUUCUUCGAUCGGUUGAUGAAAAUAGGUUCUGUCCCUAACUUCAAGGACCUCUUCCCACCGUCCCAUCCAUCUCGUCUGCGCCAUCUAUUAGACUCUAUCGAUGCCUGUGACUUCGACCUACUGAAAAAAAAUUGCUUGGUGUAUUAUCUCUUAAAAGAAUAUGGAGACGGUCGAGAAAAUCGCUUUGCGAUCGAUCGAAUAAUCCCAUCUCAUUUUACUCGCGGACUUGAUGGUAUAUGGGCGCUCGAUCAUUCCCAAUGGCAGGCUGCCAUCCGAUGGAUGUCUGAUCCAACCGUCACGCCCGAUUUUCUACCUGAAAUCAUCCGGACCCUUGCCACUCAACCCCCUUUAAAACUUCGAUCCGACUAUGUUAUGCGAUUUUAUCUGCUUACCCAACCUUCACUCGACCUGCCAUCGAUCGAGUUCGUAUUGCGGGCCAUGUGCAUAAACUGUAACCUCCGAUCUGCCUGGGCUCUUCAACGCUCGUAUGGCCGACCCGAGCGGGAUCGACUGUUAAGGAUCAUUUUCGAAACUUGCUUUGGUCUAAACGACUAUGACCAACCACUACCAGAAGUCCUUCAAAUUCUAGUUGCUUUUCCAUUUGACGAGCUUGAAGAUACAACUCUAUUUCGAUUUGUCAUUGAAGCCCCCCGGCUGUUGCCCGGACCGCAUUCAAUGGUUGCUAUUCAAUUUUAUCUCAGCAAACUCACUUCAGAGGCUCGCUAUGUUGAGGCCAUCAGAUUUGAACGCGAGUUAUCGGAGUCGGCUGGGAUCGUCUCUAAUCCCGACAUUGAUCGCGUCAUCCGGGGCAUUGCUGAGAUGAUACCAGAGGUUCAACGGAAUAUGCUUGAACUCGAAUUCGAUCAAAAGCAUCCAAUUCUUAAUCAAACUCAAGCUUCAAACGGGAUGGCAGAAGACCCUUCAAACGAUAUGGACCUCAGCGCUAGUUACGAUGUAUGCUCACUGGCUUGGGAUCCUCCUCCCCCACCACCAGAAUUGCCACCCCCCAGCUCAUUGGCCGAAGCGCGCACUCAACAAGAACUACUCAACCCACCCAAACCAACUGUCUCCAGGACCUCGAUCCCUCUAUCAGCCUCGCCAUUUUUAAGACGCGCGAUGCCCAGGAUGUCACUUGACAAGUCCAAUGUGUCUCAAAAGGUACUUCUCAAAGCACUCGCAUACACCCGACUACCCACAGCACCCAGCUCACCGGAUCCUAUGCAAGAGCCCGCUCAGACUGAUCCAGUUGGUGAUCAAGGCGAUUCCGAAAUGCCCCCCACCCCAACCUCUUCGCGGCCCACUCCCCGAUUUACACAUUUUGUCGGCCCAUCUCGACUGCCAACUAGCGCAUCUAAGCCGCCCCCUCCUCCGCCCAAUUUCUCGACAUCCUUUGCUCGUUCGAGCGUCGCGGCCACGGGUAGUCCAUUCCACAGACUAAGCUUCCCAGAAGCAGAAAAGCCUUCGCCAGCGGCACCUGAAGAACGAUGGCCUACUCGGAUAGCCUUCACUCCCCGGCGCCCGUCUCAAAGGAGAGUUGAGGAUCGGGUCCUCAAACAAGGCAACCCAACUCAGAGUAUGAGAGAAGUCCGGAACACUGCCAGCAGUGAGAGCAGCGAUGAACCCAUGCCGAGCCAGCCAGCACCGAGUGCUCCACCCAAGCAACAGUUCUCGGCCGUCGUUGUUCCCCGAGAAAAUAGAGGAGAACUGAAGUCACCCCCGAAGAAAAUGGCUAGGGUUAGCAAGACCUCGACCCGUCGAGCGCCACAGAUGGAGCGAGUUCUGCCAGGCGGAUUAAAUCUUGAAGACGAAGAGAUGGACGAGCUUCCGGAGAACAAUCAGGAGCAAUCCUCGAUCGAAACGAGUAAACCUCCAACAGCCAGAAAUGACAACCAUCCCAAAGAAAAUUUCCAACCCCCUCGAUCCUCCACUGUCACCCGCAAAAAGGCCAAAGUAGACAAUCGUGGCAGCAAUAAUCUCCAGCUACAGAACUCGAUUGCCGUCCCGCCCAUCACACCUCGUCGAUCUACUCGGUUGCAUUCGACCACUCCGGCAAAGAAAUUGGUCCUUCCGGGCGGCAUGAUCGAUCACGAUUCGAUCGAGGAAGACGACGACGAACAUGUCCCUUAG